AGAAGCACAGAUCUCUAUUGUCUGUUCAUGCACAAAGACUCAGUUUGUACACACAUGCAUUUCACUCUGUUGAAGACCUCUAGCACGGUCCCACCAGCAAAACUGUAUGCAUCCUGAAGCAAAGAAAAAGCGUCCUUUAAGUGUGUAAAGAAAGGUUCAUUAUCUUCUUAUGCAUCUUGGGAGCUACACCUGAAUUGUCACCAUGGAGAUAUAUAUCCUAGGGAUUAUCAUUUCAAUAUGUGGCAAUCUUCUUAUCAGCAUUUCAUUGAAUAUCCAGAAGUACACCCACACACGCCAGUCCCAGCUAGGCACCAAGCCAUACUACACUAGUCGACUGUGGUGGUAUGGAAUCCUGCUCAUGGGGCUUGGUGAACUUGGCAACUUUGCUGCAUAUGGAUUUGCACCAGCUUCCCUCAUUGCUCCUCUCGGCUGUGUGUCUGUCGUUGCCAGUGCUGUAAUCUCUGUGGUUUUCCUAAAAGAGAUUUUACGAGCGUCUGAUGUACUGGGAGGUAUUCUUGCUCUAACUGGUACAUAUCUGCUGGUGACCUUUGCCCCGCACUCUGCACCCCAUGUGACAGCCAACAUGGUGGAGCGCUGCCUCAUCAGCGUGCAGUUCCUCAUCUACUUUUUUUCUGAAGUGGUUUUAUUUUGUGUCCUGCUCUACCUGUACAAGUGCAGGAACAUGAAACACAUUGUUAUUGUGAUGCUUCUGGUGGCUCUGCUAGCCUCUGUGACUGUGAUCGCGGUGAAAGCUGUGUCUGGAAUGAUCACAGAGACAAUUCGUGGGAGCCAUUUACAGCUGACUUACCCCAUCUUCUACAUCAUGUUUAUUAUCAUGAUAGUCUCAUGUGCCUUCCAGAUUAAAUUUCUCAAUGAAGCUAUGAAGAUGUUUGAUGCAACAGAAAUUGUUCCUAUCAAUUUUGUUUUCUUCACAGCCAGUGCUGUAAUAGCAGGGAUUUUAUUUUAUGAAGAGUUUUAUGGUUUAUCGUUGAUAUACAUCAUCAUGUUUGUGCUUGGGUGCUUGUUAGCAUUUACUGGAGUAUUCCUGAUUGCUAGAACACGACCUAAAAUCAAAAUGGACAGUGUUUUAAUCUCUAUGGGUCAAAUCUCAGGUAAGAAGAGCACUGCUAACAUGCAGCCAGAGACAAAGGACAAUAAGUAUGGAGGUCUGGCUUCCAAACUUGGGUGCAACAGUGGAAUGCAGCAGGAUGACUCUUAGAUCACCAUCUAAUGGACUAAUAAGCAUAGUGAAGUGUGUAUGUGUGAGACAGAGACCCCUAGUGUGGUAACUGUCUCAAUACUGCAUGUGGGCCAUAUCCUCAUGUAUUUAGCUUCAUAAAGAAGCAAGGAAGAGAAUCGGUUGUCCUUAUAUAUCUGAUUUUUCAAAAUAACUAUAGAGCAGACUGGAUCAGCACUCUUACUCUGACAGACAGUUCUGAUUCGGACAAGCUGAAAGUUAUUUGUAAUAUAAUAAAAAUGCAAUUGUAUAGAGGGGUCACUUUAAUUCAGAAUAAUCUAUAUUAACAGAUUUCCUCUAAUAGUUUAUAAGGGAGUUUAUUUAUUAAUUUUUUUUAUGUUGAAAUAAACUAUUGUAGUAUUAAGAAUGAUUGCAUGGUUAUUGAUGAUGUUGGAACAUUCACUCUUUGAAAAAUUAAACCACAGUGAUCAGUUGGGGCUCAUUUUUGAAAGCCUGCAUAUAAUAAUUUUCUAUGCAUACAAAAGAUUGUGUAGAAAAAGGUUGAAUAAACAGAGAUAAACAGUGACACUGUGACACAAGUGAAAACUUAUUCAUGUAGUAUGACCUAACAGUUUUAUUGUGUACUCCCUAAAAGGCACACACACACACACACACACACACACACACACACACACACACACACACACACACACACACACACACACACACACACACACACACACACACACUACAUUACAACACCUUUCCUGUAAGACCUCUUGUUCAAUUUCAACAAAUUUGUGGUUGUUGACCAACUGUUGGUCACUACCUUUUCCAAACACCUAGUUAUACUCUACUGAGAUUGCUAUGGAACAGUUAUGCAGACCUUGUGUCCAGAGGCAACUUACCAAUUUCUUUUGAUGCUGCAUUUCAGGCUGCAGUGCCCCUUAUGUCCCUCCUGGGAAGUGGACCUAGAGAGAGCACAGGGAAAUGUAUGUAAGUUGGGGAUGAAAUGGAGGAUCAGCUGGGGAAAACUGGAUUUCAGGUGUCAGUUUGGGGGACCUGGCAUCUCACUUCUGGAGAGCUGAAACUGGGGGAGGUGAGAGGAGAGAAUAGAAAGAAAGGGAUGUCUGGAUAAGGGAUGAAUCCACAGGCAGGAAGUGCACUUUUAUUAAAAUAAUUUAAUAGCAACCAGCAGUGCAUAAGACGAGUGUACACGCUUCCCUGUGCAAGUUCCUGUGCCUUCAUCUUCAUGGGUUGGUCAGACCACUUAUGAAUUACAAAGUUGAAUGAACUGGUAAAGCCCCCCUAAAUGCCCCAUCAAUGUCAAUUUCCAGGUCCAUACCCAUUUAUAGAGUGAAGUCAAACUAACAUAUGGAUGUACACACUGUGAACAGCAUCAGUUGCCCCUCCUCCACUGUUUUAUUAGAUUAUAGAAUUGUUUUGUUUUAGUUCAGUCAAUAUACAAAUAAUGUACUUGGUUAAAUCUAUAAAAUUGGCAAUACUAAUCUCUAUUACCAACAUAAUUUAGCUAGCAAGCUUGUUGCUAAGCUACUUGUUGUUUUCAUGGCUUCAGAGGUAGGAUACAAGUGCAGGGUGAGUUUAUUACACAAAAACAAAGUGCAAACAAUGUAACAGUUCCACAGUGUGAGGUGACAGUGUGAAAUUCAGUGCAAAAUUCUUCACUACAGUAGAACAGUACCAGUAGCUACUCAGGCCUGUAAAGUGUGCUUACUGUACUCCACAAAUCUCCUUUCGGUUCUCUUUGACUUCUUUCUAAUCACUGCACAUGAUCUCAGUCUGUGUUUGCUAACAUAGUCACUUAAUCCAACUCUGUAUUGUUACUCCUUUUAAUGUUAUUGUACUUUAACUUAUUUUACCAUUGAAAAUUAUUUUAUAGCUUCUAUUACUGGCUAUCCACCAAGUCAUUUAAAGUCAAUCUCAUACUAUUAUUUAUUGUAUCUCACAUGGUUCAUGGGAAAUUAAAAUUGUUAUAAUUUUAGCUUCUGCAUGCACACUGACUAGCAAGCUUAAAGCAAGAGUGUGCAUCCACACUCACAGAUAUACAGCUCUCUCGUUCCCUCUAACUAUUGCCCUCAUACACACACAUGUCACAUAAACAUGUAACUC